AUGUCUCCGGCUCGAACCCUUUCGACAUCACCUGAAGGAAACAAGCGGCGAAGGCUGAAUCCAUCUCCCUCUCUAAACCCAUCCUUCUCCACAAUGGCUCCCAUGCUCAUCCAAGAAGUCGAGGAUGAGCCAAGUCAUCCAACCACGCUGGAGCUGACUCCUGUAGAGACCACAUUUCGUCGUCUUCUUCUGGACGUGGCAAAGCAUGUAGACGGCACUCCAACUACCAACGUCGAAAGCCAAGUCGCACUUCCAGAGGAGCUUGCCAAGGAGCCUCUUGUUCUUCGCUGGACAGGUGGAUGGGUCCGUGACAAGCUUUUGGACACGCAAAGCCAUGAUAUUGAUGUCGCCAUCAACAAGAUGACCGGCUAUCAAUUUGGUCUGCGGAUGAAGGAGUACCUGGAGAUGCCUGGCAAUCUGGAGAAGUACGGCCUCGAGGCAAUUGCAGCAAACGAGAAGCAGAGUCAGAAAGCCGGUACCACCGACAAGUCAAAGAUGGUGGGAGGUCUCCACAAGAUUGAAGCAAAUCCAGAAAAGUCGAAGCAUCUCGAGACCACCACACUGUCGAUCCUGGGCCUGGAUGUUGAUCUCGUCAACCUUCGAAAAGAGACUUACUCAGAUGACAGCCGUAACCCUCAAAUCGAGUUUGGCACACCCGAGGAAGACGCUCUACGUCGAGAUGCCACUGUCAAUGCCAUGUUUUAUAACAUCAACACUGGCGAGAUCGAAGACUUCACUCAACGAGGGCACGAGGAUAUGAAGGCCAAGAUUAUCAGGACUCCACUCGAGCCGUACCAAACUUUCAAGGACGACCCAUUGCGUGUCCUAAGACUCAUUCGGUUUGCUAGUCGACUGAGCUUCACCAUUGAUCGAGCAGCACUCGACGCUAUGCGGAAGUCCGAUAUCAAGGAUGCACUUCGUAGGAAGAUCAGCCGAGAGCGGGUAGGGGUUGAGCUCGACAAGUCGUUGAAUGGCCCUGAUCCACAUGAAGCCAUGCGCCUGAUCUUUGAUCUGGAUUUGUACGAGACCAUCUUCUCCGAUCCUGCGGUAGCCAACCAAGACCACUACAAGCCCGACAUAGAAGGUUGGCGGACCGUCAUCGACACCUUGGAGGAUAUGCUACAGAGCGGUGGACAGAUCGAAGAGAAUCUUGCGCGCGAUAAAGACGAGAGAUUCCUCGCGUGGCACCUCGCGGCCAUGAUCCCAUACAGAGACGCUCCCCAACCUGAACCUUCCGAGCCUGGCAGGAAACCACCUCCACCAAUUGCCGUUACUGUCGCUCGAGAGGGCGUCAAAGCGACGAACAAGACCAGCGAUGUCAUCAACGCCGCCAUUCGCAACCAAGCUGAGAUUUCGAACUUCGUCGACAAGCUGAGUGAUAAGAAGAGGAGACCAGAUAAGAAGGUUGAGGGUGAAGACCCAACUGCUCGAGAUGUGCUCGGCAUGGCGAUUCGGCGGUGGGGAUCCAGUUGGCGGAGUCAAGUCAUGUACUCCUUACUUGUGGACAUCGCCAACGACCGUGAUAAUGUCGAAUCCAUCGAACGCAAAUACGCUGCCUUCCUGGAGCACCUCCACAACAUAUUCCUCCUCGAAGUCAUCACUCUCAAACCACUCCUCGACGGCAAGGCCCUCGCCAAAGCCAUCGGCACCCCUCCAGGUCCCUGGAUGAAAGACGCCCUCGACGUCGUCAUGGCCUGGCAACUCCGCAACCCAGACAUCACCGACCCUGCCCAAGCCAUCGAGGAAGUCAAGAAUCAGCGACAAACGAAUGGUGAGCUAACCUCCGCUCUGAUCCGUCACUUCCUCAAGCUGACGAUCCGUCCUCUCUUCAUCAAGGCCAGUCCUAGUACCGUUACGGAGCAAGGGCGGAAGGUGACCACCUCUGCGUUGCCGAAGAAAAUUACGAUGGACGAACAGGAUGAUUCUGUCAAGAGGCCGUGGAAGAGCGCCAAGGAUGCUUACUCGUUGGAUCUGCUGCAAUGGGUCGUGGAGAGUCUGGAUGAGAAGAUCGUCGCGGAAGUCUGGCCGUUGGUCAUCCCACCAAUCUUGACUUUGAUCGAUGACUGGGAGACGAAGUACAAGCGAAUCGGUGCCGAACGCCUUCACUCCCUCCUCCGCGCAACACCACCAUCUCUCCUCGAUCGCACCGGCCUCGGCGAAGUCUUCGAAGAGGCCCUUCUGCCCUGCCUGACCUACCUCCCACCCCUCACACCGCAAGACGACUCCAUCGCCCUCCUCUCAACGGUCUACCCUUGCCUACUCACCCUCGCCCACAUCCGCUAUCCCAAAGACCUCCGCUCAAACCCCACAACUCCCACCCCGACGGAUCUCAACCGCAUCAAAGCCCUCUCCACCAUCCUCCGCAAAGGUAUCCUCCAUGGUUACACCCACUGCAGCGAGCACCCCGCAGUCGUAAUCCGCCUGUUCACGAACCUCGUCCCACUACUCGACGCAAUGGGCAUAGACUCCGUGUCGCACCUCAAAUACACCAUCACCAUGCUCGUCGAAACCCUCGCGCACUCGCUCGGAGCUGGAAGCGUGGCUAUGCUCGAAAGCGCCGUGGAAGGCUUGAAGGCCGUGAUCCGCAACUCCUGGCCGAGGAUAAGUCGUUGGAGGGGCGAGAUCCUGAAGGCCUUAUGUCUCUGCUGGGGGAACAUGAGAGAGCUCACAAAGAUGCUCCAAGUCGCCCUCAGCGCCGACCAAAGCGUGAACUUUCAGGAAGAAACCCAAGCCCUCGUCGCCGCUGACGCUCGUCUCGCACCUCUUUUCGAUGGCCUCGAGAACACUUCGUAG